GCCGUGGAAAUACAUUCGUCGCAGUUCUGGAUCACGACAGUGUUUCUUUGUAUAUAUAUAUGUUAAGCGCGAGCCUCCUUUUUCUUCCUUCAGGUAACGCUAGCCAAUAAGAGCUUGCGAACGGCGCUCGAACACGAGAGCUCACGGAAAAAGAGGCGGGAACCUCGCGCACCUUCAGAGGACGCGGAGCGCGCGCGCAGACGGGCGCAUUCACAUCGUUUAAGCUCUCAGAGAACAGCCUCACAGCCAGGACUCGCGGAGGUACACGGGCUCAAACCGGCGGCUUGCAGAGGGGGCAGGUGGACGUCUGCGCAGACUACCACCUCCGCUUGGCGGUCUGAAAGCACCUCGGUGGAAGUUGGUUCACUUCUCACAGCCCGUCCGUCAUUGCUGAUAAAUACAUGCCGUGCGAGUGCUCGUAGUAAACAGUUCCUCAAGAUGGAAAACGCCCACACUAAAUCCGCAUCUGAAGUUUUAGCGAACUUCAAUGUAAACGAAAACACGGGACUCACUCUGGAACAAGUGAAAAUCAAUUGGGACAAAUAUGGACCCAACGAGCUCCCAGCUGAAGAAGGUAAAUCAUUGUGGGAGUUGGUGGUGGAGCAGUUUGAGGACCUCCUGGUGAGGAUUCUGCUGCUGGCAGCCUGUGUGUCUUUUGUGUUGGCACUGUUUGAGGAUGGGGAGGAGACAACCACAGCCUUCGUGGAGCCCAUUGUCAUCCUGCUGAUUCUGGUGGCCAAUGCUGUCAUUGGAGUCUGGCAGGAACGAAAUGCCGAGAGUGCCAUCGAAGCUCUGAAGGAGUAUGAGCCAGAGAUGGGCAAAGUGUACCGCAUUAACCGCACGGCUGUCCAGAGGAUCAAAGCCCGGGACAUCGUCCCUGGGGAUAUCGUGGAGGUUUCUGUUGGGGACAAGGUGCCAGCAGAUAUCAGGAUCACCUCAAUCAAAUCCACAACCCUGAGGGUGGACCAGUCCAUCCUCACAGGAGAGUCUGUGUCGGUCAUCAAACACACCGAUCCUGUGCCAGACCCUCGAGCUGUCAAUCAAGAUAAAAAGAACAUGCUGUUUUCUGGUACAAACAUCGCAGCAGGCCGGGCCAUUGGCGUGGUUAUCUCUACUGGGGUUUCCACUGAAAUCGGUAAGAUCCGUAACCAAAUGGCAGCCACAGAGCAAGAGAAGACCCCGCUGCAGCAGAAGCUGGAUGAGUUUGGCCAACAGCUCUCCAAGGUCAUCUCCCUAAUCUGCAUUGCCGUGUGGGCCAUUAACAUCGGGCAUUUCGCCGACCCGGUCCACGGAGGAUCCUGGAUUCGAGGUGCCAUCUACUAUUUUAAGAUAGCUGUGGCCCUGGCCGUCGCAGCCAUACCAGAGGGUCUGCCGGCUGUUAUCACCACCUGCCUGGCACUGGGCACCCGUCGCAUGGCCAAGAAAAACGCCAUAGUUCGUUCCCUGCCCUCGGUGGAGACAUUGGGAUGCACUUCUGUUAUCUGCUCAGACAAGACGGGGACCCUGACUACAAACCAGAUGUCUGUCUGCAGGAUGUUUGUGGUUAAUAAAGCCGACGACACCAGCUGCUCCCUGCAUGAGUUUACCAUCACUGGCUCAACAUAUGCUCCAGAGGGACAAGUGUUGAAAGCUGAAAACCCAGUGAACUGUGGAGACUAUGAUGGUCUAAUUGAACUGGCCACUAUCUGUUCCCUGUGCAAUGACUCCUCGCUGGACUAUAAUGAGGCCAAGGGAGUGUACGAGAAGGUGGGCGAGGCCACGGAAACUGCACUCACGACACUGGUGGAGAAGAUGAACGUAUUUAAAACGGACGUCGCUGGACUCAGCAAAGUGGACAGAGCUUCAGCGUGCAAUAUGAUUUUCCGGAAGCUAAUGCAGAAAAAAUUCACACUGGAGUUUUCCCGGGACAGGAAGUCCAUGUCUGUGUACUGCACUCCCAAUGGCUCAAAUUCUCAGAGCAAGAUGUUUGUCAAGGGUGCUCCAGAGAGCGUGAUUGACCGCUGUCAGUAUGUGCGUAUUGGCAAAGAUCGCAUUCCACUGACCCUGGCGGUGAAGGAGGAGCUGAUGAGCACUAUUAGAGACUGGGGUUGUGGCAGAGACACACUGCGCUGCUUGGCUCUGGCAACACGAGAUGUUCCACCACCUGAAGACAGAAUGGACCUGGAAAACUCAGUAAAGUUCUCAGACUAUGAGUCAAGUCUCACCUUCGUCGGAUGUGUCGGCAUGCUGGACCCACCCAGGAAGGAGGUGAUUGGCUCAGUGAAGUUGUGCCGUAAGGCAGGUAUUCGUGUCAUCAUGAUUACCGGGGACAAUAAGAGCACCGCUGUGGCCAUCUGCAGACGUAUUGGUAUUUUCACCGAGGAUGAAGACGUUGAAGGGAAAGCCUACACGGGCAGAGAGUUUGAUGACUUGACUCCAGAUGCCCAGCGAGAUGCUGUGAAAAGGGCGCGCUGCUUUGCACGUGUCGAACCAGCGCACAAGUCAAAGAUUGUGGGCUUUCUGCAGGCAUUCGAUGAGAUCACGGCUAUGACUGGAGAUGGUGUGAAUGAUGCUCCCGCAUUAAAAAAGGCCGAAAUCGGCAUUGCCAUGGGCUCAGGAACAGCUGUGGCCAAGUCAGCCUCCGAGAUGGUGCUCUCUGAUGAUAACUUCUCCACCAUUGUGGCCGCGGUGGAGGAAGGCAGAGCCAUCUACAACAACAUGAAGCAGUUUAUCCGUUACCUCAUCUCUUCCAAUGUGGGAGAGGUGGUCUGUAUUUUCCUGACAGCCAUCCUUGGCCUUCCAGAGGCUUUGAUCCCUGUUCAGCUGCUGUGGGUGAAUCUGGUGACGGACGGUCUGCCCGCCACUGCCCUGGGCUUCAACCCACCAGACCUGGACAUCAUGGACAAGCCUCCUCGCAAUCCCAAGGAGUCUCUUAUCUCUGGGUGGCUUUUCUUUAGAUACCUGGCCAUUGGAGGAUAUGUGGGUCUAGGCACUGUCGGUGCUGCCACCUGGUGGUAUUUGUUUGAUGAGGAAGGGCCACAUGUGUCCUUUAAUCAGCUGCGGCAUUUUAUGCAGUGUACAGAAGACAACCCCAUGUUUGAGGGCAUUGACUGUGAGGUCUUUGAGUCACGUUACCCCACCACCAUGGCACUUUCUGUUCUUGUUACCAUAGAGAUGUUCAACGCUCUCAACAGCCUGUCAGAGAAUCAGUCUCUGUUGAGGAUGCCACCCUGGGUGAAUAUAUGGCUGCUCGGGGCCAUAAUCCUCUCCAUGUCUCUACACUUUCUUAUCCUGUAUGUGGAGCCUUUACCGCUGAUCUUCCAGGUAACUCCACUGUGUUGGUCUCAAUGGAUUGUAGUCCUCAAGAUCUCAUUUCCUGUCAUCCUAUUGGACGAGGCACUUAAGUAUAUCUCCCGCCACCACUUAGAAGGUCAAGAGGAGGAACGGUACAGGAAGAGACGGCAGCUGAAUUUCUAGGAUAACUUCCUUUAAACACACAUGAACACACACACACACCCCUGCCUUUUCCUCUGAGCAUUUUAACACUGCACCGUUCACACUUACAGACACAAAUCAUCAUCAGAAGACCCAUUCCAGUCCCUCCUCCAGCGUCUUUGCUGCAUGUCCAGCCACCACUAAAAACAAGCAGGGCUUGUAGUUUGUACAUUGUGUGUGUGUUAGUGCGAGAGCAGGGUGUGUGUGUUUGUUGGCAUGUGCAUGGGCCUAAUUCAUGUUGAGUUGCGUGACACAAAAUUUGUUUCGUUUUAUCUAGCUUUUUAGCUUUCACAUACAUGCUGUACAUAGACUGGAGGAAAUGGCUUUCAGGUGUAACAUGGGGUUAAAUUCGCAGGGGUACUGUAUUUAGAUCAGAUAGUGUAUAGUACAUCUCACAAUAGACUCAUCGAAGACUACCAUUGAGAAAUAAUAGGUUUUGGGGCAUCUUUUAAAGUGUACAUGUUCACGUUUGGACAGGAUGGCCAGUUUCUUUCAGUGGUUGGGUCCAGUUUCUCCAUUUAACCAAUACCUAUUCAUUUCACUCACUCAUGUCAGAUUUCUUCUUACCAGAGGUCCAUCAGUCAUACGUUUCAUUUAGAUUAAUGUUUACACAAAGCUAAAUGUGGCAGCAGAUAUGAUCUGACUCGCUUCUAUAUUGCACUUAUAAAUUAUUUUAAACAAAAAAUGGAUUUUUCGUUAAGAUAAGGCUUUGAUAGGCGUCACAUAGCAUGCUAUUCCAGAAUAUCCUAAAUCUGAUAACCUGAGAAGUACACAAUCAGUUUUAAGUCAACAUCAUGAUGAUUUAUGAAUGCAUUUUAGCUCGAAAUUAUUUUUCAAUACAGAAAUGAGGUUGUUUGUGCAUAUUUACCAAGUGAAUGAUUUAAUCUCAGAUUUCUCCUUCUCUAUUCUGUCAUUAAACUCAAGUUUAACACUAGUAAAUAUAUGCUGCAAGUACAUCAAAACUAAACAUGGUGCAGCUUGCACUGAAGUAUUAAUAUUAGUAAACAACGGUGACAGGUUUUAAACAUGAUGAAAGAGAGAGAGAGGAGAAAUCUGAUUUGUUUAUUGAUGUCUUACCGUCAUCUGACUCACUCUUCCUUUAAAACACACAAACAAAUACACAGUCAUAUGGAGGAAAGGGGUCUCAAUUGAAUGUACACCUCCUUGUUUUUUGCCCUUUUUUUAAAUGUAACCACAGCAAAGCUCUGUCCAAAUAGGUUUCAGUUUUUCGAUUUCCAGUCGUUUGAGUCGAUAUCAUUGUGACGAACACCCUCUUCCUAUUGGACUUUAUAAAGGUCACUCGCUUCCACGCUUGCCGUUUUUUUUUCUGCAAAGGAAGGAUUCGCCACCGCUAGUGCUUUUCUUGCAAUCUUGAUGAACUAUUUUUUGUUUGUUUUAUAAUAAAGUAAUAAUAAUGUAUUCGACUGAAAGAACCCAGGUGGUUUAGUUUGUCAGUUUUGCUGUUAAGGGUAUGAUAUGCCUUCAUGAUCUGUUGGAAAAUGCUGGUGUGCAAGUAUACAAAAUAACUACUACGCCUGUGCCUGGUGUCAUUAUGCUUGCCGUCGUAAAUCUGCUGCGUCUAGACAGUCCGUGUUUGCUUGUUAGCCGUGAUUCCACUGACGGAUAUUUAUCGUAAUAACGUGACGGUGUUGUGUCCGCUCAUCUGUCACAAAUAGACGUAGUCCAUUUUUUUGGAGUUCGUAACAAUUGUAAGUAGUCUAAAUGCUAAUAAAACAGGCAGCCUGAGUUAAUGUCAAGCUCCGUGUCCUCUCACGUCCCCAGCUAUUGCAAUGACAUUUAACGUGUUACCGGUUAACUGUAGGGUAAGCGUAUUGACACAAGGCAGUAAGGCCUCUCAUUUUCACCAUAUUAAAUACAGCGCACACAAGCAUCUGCACCAAUAGAAAGUGUGGGCUUGUACAGCCUUGCUACUUACUACUGAUCUCUUGAACUCUGUACAGAAAAAAGAAAUACCUGAUUGCAUGGAAACUUGUUACUGUAAUUAAUAACCUAUACAGUAUAUUUAAUUUUUUUUUAAGCAAAGAUUUAAAUGAAACAUCUUUACCACCAGGAGGACAGCUUGAAAUGAUUAUUUUCUUUGCAUUCAAGUAACCGAGGAUGGAGAAUAUUUUGUAGAAUAGUGGAGGUUGUUUAUUCAUUAUUACAGUUUGUUUUUAAGGUUGCAGGGGUUUGAAUUUAGUUUAGGAGUUGAAAAUUGUAAGAUAAGAAUUGUGCUAAUAAUGAUAAUAUUUUGCGACUAUAAUUGGGUUUGAAUGUCUGGAUUUUUUGCUUUGUUUUGGGAAAGAUACAUUGCGUGGUUUACACAGAGGGAUGUCCAGCGUUUAGUGCUGGGUUAUGAAGUUGUUCUUUUGAAGGGCUUGGUGUGGGUACUGUCUCCAGAAUACAUAAUGUAUGUGUGGUAUGCAGAAAGUUGGACGUCCACUUUGUGAAUUUCAAUUUGUCUUUGUAAGUUAUUAGAAAACUAUUUUUCCACACACUUUAACUCUUUUGUUGGUGCUUCAACAGUACAUAGGCUACUGUUAAGAGAGAAUUCAUCAAACAAUACUGAAUGUUAUAAUUCUUUAUGAACUCAUCAUGUAAUUUUCUAUUUUGAUAGACAUUUAGAGGCAAUCUUUACAAAACAAAGUUGUAGACAAUCAAGGAAUGCUAACAAAAGUAGUAAAGUUCCCCUGUGACGGCUUCAAAGCUCAUUUCAUAAGCACUGUGUGGUUCUCAAAUGGUCCAUUCUUACUGGACAGCUGUCUUUCUGCCUGCGCACAAACUGGCUGGAGCUUUGCGCCCACUACUGAGAAAGAAUUCUCUGUAACGCCUUGGUAAUAUUAAUUGUGGAUUCAUAAUUUUAUAUAUAUGAAAAAGACAUGUCAAAUAAAAUUAUUUAUCUUCUAAUUUA